CUUUUAACUACAUGAUAAUAAAUUUUUUCGUUAUAUCACAAACUAAAUCAUUUAUUUAUUGUAAUUAUCAAUGAAAUGAUAAUAAUUUCUUUGUUCUCUAUUUAUUCGAUAAAAAAAAUAUUUCGUCUUUAUUCUUUUCUUCAUUAAAAUCAAUGAAAUUUACAUCUUCGUAUCUUUUUCGUUUAUUCAAAAUUGGUUAGUCAAUCAAUCAAUUUACACUUGUUUUGUUCAAUAUUUUUUGCUUUAUUAUUUAAAACAAAAGAGAAACAAGCUUUUUUUUUCAAAACUCUGAGAAAAAGAAAUUCUCCUUUUCAUAACAUACGGAACUUGUUUCACAGUGACACUUUCGACAACUUUGGUUCCAAUAAAUGCUGACAAGAUUCUUUUUAUCAAAUAAAAUCUACUGGGAAAUUUACUAUUCACGUUGAUUUAAAACUCAAGAGAAAAAUGCCAGGAGAUAAUCAACAUCAAAGUGCUUACAGAUAUAGACAUACACGUUAUGGAAUUCACCAUAAUGACUCUGAAGCCAAUGUAAAGUCUGCAUCUAAACAAUGUGAAGAAGAUCUUUUAGCUGAAAAUUUACCAAGAAUUGAUACAGCUCGUUUAGCUAACGAUCCAUUUCUAGGUACAGUAGCUGGUCGAUUAGCUCAAGAAAUACAUGAUGAAUUUCUUGUUUGUAAAAUAUGCUUUGAUAGUUAUACAAAUCCAAAAUGUCUUGCAUGUUUGCAUACAUUCUGUGCCAAGUGUAUCGAAAAGCAUAUAUCAUCUGAAGUGACUUAUAAUAAGUAUACAGAUUAUCGUGAUUUCACAUGUCCAUUAUGCCGUAAACGUACACAACUUCCAUUAGGUGGUGUUAAACGAUUACCAGAUAAUUUCUUGAUUUCUGGUCUAACUGAUUUAGUACUAAGACAAAGAGCAUCAUCAAAUGGUUCAUCAACAGCUACAAUCAUUGGUAGUCCAACAACUUGUGGAAUAACCAAUGGGAUUAAUAAUAAUAAUCUUAAUAGACAACUAUCGGUCACUAUUAAUGAAAGUACUGAUUCAUUACAUCAAAUACCAAAUUUAGAAAAGAAACAUUUACGUUAUGGAGAAUGUGAAAUAUGCUCACAAGUAAGUCGUGGUGAUAGAGGACAUUCAAGUGAACCAUUGAAUAAAACCAAUUCAUUAGAUAUAAAUAGUCAUGAUAAUACUACUGACAAUUAUAAUAGUAGUAAUCAACAACGUGCUAGUUCAGCAUGUUUAAAUAGUUUACCAAAAGCAACAUCAAAAUGUCUAGAUUGUAAUAAACUUCUAUGUGAUGAAUGUGUUCAACGACAUAGAAAUACUAAAGUUACUAAAGAUCAUGCAACAUUUGAAUUACAAUUGCAUAGUGAUAUUGAAUGUAAAGAUCAUCCUGGUGAAACUGUACGAUUUUAUUGUGAAGCUUGUUCAACGUGUAUAUGCGUUCUAUGCACAUUCAAUGCACAUCGUGAACAUGAAGUAACAAGUUUUGGCGAAGCGGUUGCAAAAAUGAAACAUGAAAUAAGUAGAAAUUUAGAUAAUUCAUGUCAACGUAUUAGAAAAGUUCAAUCUCAACUACAUAAUGUUCGUGAUGCUGCCAAUAUUAUACACAGAAUCGAACAAAGAAUUCACGAUACUGCAGAACAUUUUAUGGAAGAAAUUCAACGACAAGAACAAGAAUUGAUUAGUGAACUACAUCGAUUUGUUGGUGAACGUAAUAUGCAUCAUAUACAAAAUCAACCAGAUCAAGAACAAAAUAUUGAAAUAGCUGAAAGUCUAUUUAAAGAUAUAGCUAAUUCAUUAGAUUGUCAAGAUAUGGAAUUAUUGUUAGUACGAUCAAAUUUAUAUGAAAAAAUUACUGAAUUAAAUCAAUUAGAAUUAAUUACAGAUAAAUUUGAUACAGUUAAAUUAGAAAUUUAUUUUCGAAGUGGAUCUGUAAAUCUUGGUUAUUUAACUAAUGAAUCAACAAUGACCAAUAAUAAUAAAAAUAAUAAUAAUAAUAUGCAUCAUAAUGCUGUUGAUGAUGAUGAUGAUGACGACGAUGAUGACGAUGACGAUGAUGAAGAGAAUUAUGAAGAUUUAUCAGUACCAUUGGAAUGUAAUUCUUCAUCGACCAGUAGUUCUACAACAUCAUCAUCUAUAGAAUUGGCUAACAGACCAUGCAUAAAUUCUACAGCUUGCCAAACAGAUAUAAGCCUAACAGAUGAAAAUGAUGAAAAUAAUUUAACUAUUCAAGAGUUUCAACAACCAACUAAACAAUUUCGUACACGUGCAUGCAAUACGGAGUUAAUACCAAUGAUAAAUCAAGAAACAAAUACACGUCCACGUGGUAUUCAUACAAUAAUCACAUUUUCGGAUAUUUCUUUAAAUGCAACGUCUGAAGAAUUCCUGGCAAAACUUGAUCAAGAAAAAAUAAAUUUAAAUGAAAUGGAUAAUCUAACUAGAGCAAGGAUACGUCGUAAACUUCAUGAACGUUUUAAUACAGUUGAUCAAAUUUCAAAUGGUGCCAGUAGUAACGGUAUUUCAUGCAAUACAUUACAUACGCCACUGCAUUUUGGAUCAAAUGGGACGUCACCAGCCUCAACAGUUCAAUCAACAACUGUUAAUAACAAUAAUACUUAUAAUCAUAACGAUAUUCAUUCAAGACGUUACAGCUCUUAUGAUAAACGUUUUCAUUAUUAAAUACGAUUUUCGUUAUUUGAAAUAUGCAUUCACAGUACAGUAUUUCAAUGUUUCUUUAAUUAACGUCUCAUUAAAUUCAUGGACACUCGUAUACAAGUGACAAUAAAUUAUGAUAUAGUAUACUGGUUUAUCAUUGUUUAACAGUUUCUGUUACAUUAGAAAACACGCAAGUCUAUAAGAACUAUUGGAAGUUUGUUUCAUGUAAGCACUUGUUACUAUUUUGAGCCGUCUGUCGCUGCGUUUUGAAUCCUUAAACAACCGAUG